AUGGUCACCAGAAUCAAAACCGACGUAGAAUUUCAAACUAAGGUGCUGGAAGAUCUGAGUGAUGACAUUUUGAUCUUGUCCUUCUUGUCUUUGAACUGUGGCAUUUGCAAGAUGAUGAUCCCGAAAAUAGAACGGUUCGUGGACGACCAAUUCAAUGCCAGAGGAAAAGUGCAAGUUUUUACCAUUUACAUCGAAGAAUUUAGUCACAUAGCGGAAGAAUAUGAGGUUAGGGACGUUCCAUAUUUCGUUUAUUUAAAAAAUAGGGUGAUUGUAAAUACGUAUGUAGGGAACAAGUUGGAAUCCUUCAUAAAGGUGUUCGAGGAAACGAAAAGGACAGCGAGAGAACGGAAAAAUAAAAAGAUCACCAACAGGAAAGUUUCAUUUCAUGCUGCUGUUCAAAGUAUUCCCAGUAUACUGGGCGAUACUGAGAGUGCAGAAUACGCUCCAGAUGAUAAAAACCAAGAUAAUGCUACCAAGAAUGAUGAAGCCGGUUCUUCGAAGAAAAGUUAG